AUGUCUACCGUCAGCUCUAUCACCAAGAGAAAAGUGGGGCCGUUUGCGAUGCAAGACACAGGUGCUCCUGCUGGUCGCAGCAACUAUCAAACUCUGGUCAUCAUACACGGAGCGACUUCUCCUGGUGACAUAUUCAGCCGCCUUGUACCCUUUGCUUCCCAGUCAAACGCUCGUAUUGUACUCGUCAAUCGCCGUGAUUAUCCCGGGUCGACUCCGUACAGCGACGCCGAACAGCAGCUCUUGGCUUCUUGUCUCUCAGAUACGGCGGAGGCUGCUAAGAAUAUUCGGUCCUACAUGAAGGAUCGAGCCUGCGAAUUAUACGACUUCCUCUGCGAGUUUGCUAUGUCGGAGAAUAUCCCGAUGAUAUCUGGGGAGGGUGGAAUGACCGUGGUAGGUUGGUCUUUGGGAGGGAAUUGGAUCACCGCUCUUCUAGCGUAUUUGGAGAUAUUUGAAGGGGUUGAAAUGACGUUAAGGUCGUAUCUUAACAAGCUCAUUCUUUUAGACCCGCCCUACAGUGUCUUAGGAUUCCCGCACCAUGAAGAUCUACGCAUGCCCAUUGAUGACGCCACCGUCACCGAUGGAAAAGCGGUGAUCGCAUGGCUCACUGGCUUCUUCGACCAUUCCAUACCGCCUUCCUUUCCAUCCACUCCAAUACUCGAUCCUGAGCUCAGACUUGGUCGCACCCCGGUGUCUAUUCCUCCGCCCACGAUCGCUACGAUUUCUCCGGAAGAGAUUCAGAACGUGAUUUUCAUACCGCCCGCUGCUCCCGGUGGUUCCGAUGUUCUUCUAUACGAAGCCGGGCAACGGCUUGGUUUAUUUGAAGAGAUGAGGAAGAAGGCACUUUAUGCCACUGCGGAAGAGGAUGUGACGGCAGAGCAGAAGGGAUGGAGGGAGAGUGUGGAGGUCAAGGUCAUAUGGUGUGACCGUAGUAUAUGGGGUGUACCGUGGGGUAUCUCCCAGUUAUACAGGGAGGUUGAGGACGCGAAGGCAAAGGGAGAACUGAGUGUCGGUAGGGUGAAUAUUGUGAGGGUGACAGGGGCGAACCAUUAUAUUCAUUGGGAGGAACCUGAGCGCGCGUUGCGUGCCCUUUUGGCUGGUAGUACUCAAGAGGCGUGA